CUUCAGAUCCAAGGAGCGGGUGAUGUUCACGGGAGCAGCUGUGACUCGGAGGACCGGAGCGCAGCCUCAGCAGCCCCGCGCGCAGCUCUCUGUGCGCGCUACAACUUUCUCGUUUUAACAUAAACCGAAACAGAUGGAAUAAUGUUUGCUUAAAAAAAAAAUAUAUAUAUAUAUAUAUCCGCUCUCUCCAGCGCUGGACGAAGUGCUUUGGAGUUCCUCGCUUGGGACUGUAGCUCGUUUCAGGUGCUGAUUUGACAACCUGAAGACCUUCUGCGCGGAGUCUCACCUGGGCACGAUGAGGAGCCACCCGGGGUUUGUUUCGUCAUCGGGACAGAGUGCCGUCUUGCUGAAGUUGUGUAGCUGAAAUCCCGGACUUUUUAUUUUAGUUUGCUCGCAAUAUUCUAGUGGCUCUCCGGAAAGCAGACCGCGCGAUCUUGCGCCUUUUACGCGCUACUUUCAAAACGUCGCAACCGUCCAUAAUGGACCGCGUAAGAUUCGCCGUUCUGCUGGUUCUGACCGUCGCUCUGCUGCCAACGUGUGACGGCCACAGGGACGCGGCAGGUGGGAGGAAAGGGGCCGCGGGGCGGGCGAGGACUCAAGGUCACUCGCCAAGGAGACCGAGGGACGCCGCAUCCUCUGGACCGACCGGGGACGCGUCUCCUGGCGCCGACGGGUUUAGGACUCUGGUCCGCGCGCCCAGGGCCACAUCGCCCCGAGGGGCCAGCGGGCACGUAUCCAACGCGGGGCCGGUCCGCGCCGCAGGCGCCGCCCGGGAAGACGUCCUCUCCUCGCCGCGGGGUGCUGCGCGGCGCGCCGCCAGACACCCGAGCGGCCCGCAGCACCGAACCGGGGCGAACCGCCGGCAGGGCAGCAAGCCCAACUCUGCCAGCACCAGGAGACUCGUCGGACCUAAUGUCUGCGGGGGUCAGCAGUGCUGCUCAGGCUGGGCUGUGGCACCAGGAACCAAUCGCUGCAUAAAACCUGACUGCCAGCCGCCCUGCCAGAACCGCGGCUCCUGCAGCCGGCCGCAGACAUGCGUGUGCCGCUCGGGCUUCCAGGGGCCCCGCUGCGAGGAGGUGGCUCCGGAGCAGGUGUACGUACGCGACGGAGGCGCCCUGAGGCGCGUUCAACCGGGGAGCAACCCUUUCCAGAAGGACCAACCGCGGAGGAGGCCCUCCGAGAGGCCGGCCGCCGCCGCCGCCGCCAAGGUCCAGACCCCGCGACCGGCGACCACCAGGCAGCCCGUGACCCAAGUGAGACGAGGACCCCCUGACUCUUCCCCUCAGCAGACUGGGACCUCCCGCACGGUGAAACGUUACCCGUCAUCCUCCGGGCCCAUAACGUCCAACGCCAUACCAUACAAUGGCAACGGCUACGCUAACGGCCACGGGGGCGAGCGCGGGAGCGGGCACGGACACCGUAAGGGGCAUCGCGACGGGCCCCCGGACGCCCGCGGCGACGGCCAGCAGCAGCAGCACGUUCGGCCGUUCAGCAACGCGCUGUCGCCAGCAGGGGCCAACCUCACCUCCCACCUGGACCGCAUCAAGAUCGUCUUCACGCCCAUGCUGUGCCGCCGGGUGUGCAGCGGCGGGCGCUGCCACAACAGCUGCGAAAAGGGGGACAUGACGACGGUGUACAGCGAGAACUCGCAGCAGCCGCAGCAGCAGCCGCCGCAGCAGCAGGCGAAGGACCAGGGCUACAGACUCUUCUUCUGUCAGAUACCUUGUCUCAACGGAGGCCGGUGCAUCGGCCGGAACCUGUGCUGGUGCCCAUCAAAUUCAACGGGGAAGUUUUGUCACCUGCCGGCGCCGCCUCCCGCCAGGCCCUCGCCCGUCGACCACAAGGACGCCGGCCACCAGGGGCCCAAAGCCGCCCUCCAUUCCAUGUACACUCUGCCACUGUCCAACCAGCAAGUGUCGCUCAGCCCGUCCUUGGUGAACGUCCACAUUCAACACCCUCAAGGCGCUGAAGUCGAGGUCCACCAGGUGGCUCGGGUCCUGCCAGGAUCCCGCCCGGCCGCCGCGGACGGCGCCCACUCCGUCCAGCAGCGCUCGCAGCCUGCGAACGGACCCGAGCCCACCGGGGGCCACGGCGGCUGGCACCCGCACGCCGGCGGCAACAGGAACCACGGCGCCACAACGCACAACCAUCAGAACGGACCCGUCGGGAGAUGCUUCCAGGAGACCGUCGAUGGGCAGUGUGGCGAGCCUCUGCCAGGCCUGACCAAGCAGGACGACUGCUGCGGGAGCGUGGGCGCCUCCUGGGGUCUGAACAAGUGCCAAAGGUGCCCAACCAAGCCAGCGUAUGCAGUGAUCGCAAACGGACGGGUGGAAUGUCCCCAAGGCUUCAAGCGGAUGAAUCUCACGCACUGUCAAGACAUCAACGAGUGCCUGCUGCCGGGGCUCUGUAAGAACGCCGAAUGCCUCAACACCAAAGGAAGCUACAGGUGCACGUGCAAACCAGGCUUCCUGUUGGACGCCGACCGGAGCCACUGCGUCUCGGACAAAGCCGUGUCCGACCAGACGGCGCUCUGCUACCGAUCGGCGUCGGCGGGCGCGUGCUCCCUGCCGCUCGCUCAGCGCUUGACCAAGCAGAUCUGCUGCUGCAGCCGCGUGGGCAAAGCCUGGGGCCCCGGGUGCGAUCGCUGUCCCCUGCACGGAUCAGAGCAUUUCAAGGAGAUCUGCCCCGCUGGUCAUGGGUACACUUACUCGCGCUCCGACGUGCAGAUUUCCGUGAGGCAGCUGGAGGAAGAGGAUCUGCAGAGCACGGGAGAGUCCCGGGAGGAGCAGAGCCCCACUUUCCCUCAGCCUCCACCCUCCCAGCCGUGGCUGCCCCGGCCCAGCAGGCCACAUCACAGCGGCCGCCCCGAGACACCGCAAGCACCCCGGGAGCCUCCGACUCCUCAGCAGCCCCUCCGUCCCGCCCAGCCGUCCAGUGAGACACCGCGGCAGCCGGAAGAUGCAGAAAUUCCGAUCCCGCCAGCCGCUGUGACUGACUCACCACCGAGUUAUCCAGAGGCUUCUCCAGACUCGGAUUCAGAGGACACGACCCGCACACACCCAGACGCAGGUAUCGACCGGUGUGCCACCGCCCCCGCCGUAUGUGGCCCUGGUAAAUGUAUUCCUGUGCAGACCGGCUACACCUGCCGCUGCGAGCCGGGGUUCAAGCUCGGCGCGCUGCAGACCAACUGCAUCGACGUGGAUGAAUGUGACGGCGACCCGUGCGAAGGGAAGGGCCGCUGCGUGAACAGCUAUGGCUCCUAUACCUGUCAAUGCCACAGCGGCUACAGCCAGGUGAUCACCCAGAACAGCAAGUUCUGUCAAGACAUUAAUGAGUGCAGCAUGCCCAACAAGUGCCAGAAUGGCGAAUGCGUCAACACAGAAGGAUCUUACACCUGUGAAUGCGACGGCGGCUACGCCAAGUCUGGGAGAGGCCAAUGCGAAGAUGUAGAUGAGUGCAGAGAUCCCGGCUCCUGUCCCAACGGCCUCUGCAUCAACACUCCCGGCUCCUUCCAGUGCGAAGCCUGCGGCCCGGGCUUCAGGCCCGUGUGGGGAAGAUGUGUGGAUGUGAACGAGUGCUUGAACCAGACGGCGUGCGGUCGGGGCAGGUGCGUCAACACGGACGGCUCCUUCCGGUGCAACUGUUUCCCAGGAUACGAACUGGCACCGGACAACGUUUGCCAAGAUGUGGAUGAGUGCGGGCUCCCCGGGGUUUGUCUCCACGGCCGCUGCCUCAAUCUGGACGGCACGCACAAAUGCACCUGUAACCAUGGCUACCAACUCACCUCAGACAGCAAAGCCUGUGAAGAUGUCAACGAGUGCGCAACUGGUAAUGUGUGCCGUGCGGGAAUUUGCAUCAACACAGCCGGUUCGUAUACUUGCCAGAGCUGCAGGCCUGGGUUCGGUCCAUCAGCUGAUGGACUGAGAUGUGAAGAUACGGACGAGUGCGCCCUGGGGGAUCUGUGUCUCGGUGGCGUGUGUGCCAACACGGAGGGAUCCUACACCUGUACCAGAUGUAAGGCCGGCUACACCGUCUCUCAAGACCGGCAGAGGUGUCAAGACGUGGACGAGUGCCAGUCCGUUUCUACCUGUGCCAACGGGAUCUGUCUAAACUCAGAAGGCUCUUACACCUGUGAGAACUGCCCCACGGGUUACAGCGUGACGUCUGACGGGGAGCUUUGUCAAGAUAUCAAUGAGUGUGCGCUGCCCACUACGUGCCCCCAGGGAACAUGUACCAACACUGAGGGUUCCUUCACAUGUAUCGUCUGCCCGCCCGGUUUCCGGGUCUCGGAGGACGGACAGCGCUGUGACGAUGUGGAUGAGUGCUCGGUGGCUAACACGUGUCCCGACCAGCUGUGCACCAACACCCCAGGAUCCUUCACCUGCAGGAGCUGUGGAGCCGGUCUGCGACUGUCUGAGGAUGGUUACGGCUGUGAGGACAUUGACGAGUGCCGCGGGCCGGAUGUGUGCCCAAUGGCCGUUUGCACCAACACGGCGGGCUCCUUCGCCUGCAUGGCCUGUGACCCGGGCUUCACCGUGGCCCCCAACGGGCUCUCGUGUGAAGAUGUGAAUGAAUGCGAAGACCCCGGCCUCUGUGUGGGAGGCCGGUGCGCCAACACCGUCGGCUCCUAUGACUGCCUCUGCCCCGCUGGGCUGGAGAUGGUGGAUGGGACGUCUUGCAGAGAUAUCAACGAGUGUUUAACCGCCACGGGGAUCUGCGGGGAAGCCGACUGCCUGAACACAAAGGGCUCCUAUACGUGCAUCUGCCCUGACGGAUAUGCCACCAAGGAUGGAGGCACCGGCUGCCAAGACGUGGACGAGUGCAGCGGAGGCAACGUGUGCAUCAGGGGCGAGUGUCUGAACACCGACGGCUCGUUCAUGUGCUUGUGCGAGGCCGGCUUCAAGUUCAACGACGACACGGCCGACUGCGAAGACCAGAAUGAGUGCAAGGACUUUGGUAGCUCGGUGUGCGGCACCUGGCGCUGCGAAAACACCAUCGGCUCCUACCGCUGCUUCAUGGGCUGCCAAGCCGGCCUCCAGGGAGAGGACGCCACAGACUGCGAUAUCGACGAGUGCGCCAACGAAACCAUCUGUGGGAACUACGGCUUCUGCGAAAACACCGACGGCUCCUUCCGCUGCCAGUGCUAUCAGGGCUACGCCAACCCGCCGGGAGACACGGGCACGUGUGUCGACGUGAACGAGUGCGAGAUGAGCUCGGCGCUGUGCGGGGAGGCCCCGUGUGAGAACUUCGACGGCAGCUUCCUGUGCAUCUGCCCCAACGACAAUGAGGAAUUUGAUCCCCUCACCAGCCAGUGCCGCUCCCUGGCUCACGUGGGGCCGACGCCCGGCGCUCUGCUCCCUCAUUCCGCCCCCCGGGGCGAGGAGAGAAAAGAGUGCUACUACAACUUGAACGACGCCAACUUCUGCGACAACGUCGUGUCUCGCAACGCCACCAAGCAGGAGUGCUGCUGCACGGUGGGGGCCGGCUGGGGGGACGACUGCGAGAUCCACGCGUGCCCGCUCCCGGGACGAGAUGAUUACGACCAGCUGUGCCCUCACGGCAGUGGAUUGUUACCCCGGCCCGUUCCCGCCACGCAAAACCCGGGGGACCAGCGGGCGUACAUAGACGCAAACGAGUGUGAGAUGUUUGGAUCGGACAUCUGCAAGAAUGGACAGUGUUCAAAUCUUUUCUCUACUUACACCUGCUACUGUCGCUCCGGUUUCUACUACGACAACGUCAGGCUCGAGUGUGUCGAUUACGACGAGUGCGGCUUCGGGGACGCUUGUGAAGAUGGAGUGUGCGUUAACACGGCCGGCUCGUUCAACUGUUUCUGCAGUCCUCCGUCGGUCCUCGACAGCACACGCCGCCGCUGCAUCGGCCUCAACGCCACAGAAGAAACUCUGGAGCCGGACCACGACGUGCACAUGGACGUUUGCUGGCAGCGCCUCGAGGGCGACAACAUCUGCUCGCAGCCGCUGCAGGGACGCCGCAGCACGUACACGGAAUGCUGCUGCCUGUGGGGCGUCGCCUGGAGCGAGCAGUGCGCCUUCUGUCCCGCGAAGGACUCUGGUGAGGAGACAGCGUCUCAGCGUCAAAACACGCCACUCCGCCUCCGUGUUUUCUGCGUCCAAUCAGAGCGCUACGGCGGCUUCGAGGGUCUCCGGGCGGAGGAAUGCGGAAUCCUGAACGGCUGCGAAAACGGCCGCUGCGUUCGCGUGCGAGAAGGCUACACGUGCGACUGCUUCGACGGCUACGAGCUGGACCUGAACAAGAUGGCGUGCAUAGACAUAAACGAGUGCGAGGACAUCAGCGACAACGUGCCGCUGUGCCAGAACGGCCGCUGCACCAACUCGGAGGGGUCGUACAAGUGCGCCUGCUUGCCGGGAUUCGUGGCCUCCGCGGAGCCUCACCGGUGCAUCCCGGACGUCCCGCGGUCCGGGAAGUGAGACGGGGAACUGCUGGCUCUUCCUGCCCACAUCCAAAAGCAACACACACACACACACACACACACACGUACUGGCACAGGUAUACAAAAGCACACAACAAAUACCCCUUCGUACACAUUCAAGAGAAGCAGGAACCGUGCAGUGAAUGUAUUACAUGGGAUUUAGUAUUCAACCGAUAUCUAUUUGCAUUAAAGGGAUUUUGUGGACCGACUUUUUUUUAUUCAGUAUCCCCGGGCAACUUGAUGUGCAGAUAUAUUUUCCACAUGAUUUCCUCUGUCACUUUGUUGUUGUGUUAUUUAUUUCAUUUGCACGACGAGCCUCUGCGGACAUAGAACGCGAUCUGUUCCAGGGGGCAAUGCUUGAUUCCUCUGGUUUUAUUUGUCUCAAUAAUUGACCUCAGAGGCGGCGUGGGGAGGGAACAGGAGAAGGAAUGUCAUAAGAAAUCAGACACUCAUAAAUCAGUUUGCGCCUCACUGUCAAACCUCUCACCGAUGUCCUCAUCGGUCAUGUGAUCAGACUAGAUGGAUUCCAGGUUCGACAAAAAUUCAGAUAUUCAAAGAACUUUCCUUGCUUAGAAUCUGAAGACUUAACCUUUAAAAAAGCCUUAACAUGGACCCGAGUUCAUGAUGAUCUAUGGAAUGUUUUUAUAGUUGCAAGAAGUAUAACGGGCAACAUUUUUACAAUCUUAAAACUUCCAUUUAAGUAGGAAUACAUGGAUCCAGUUGCUGAUACUAACAGUAUUACUUUUUUAUGCUUCUGUUUUGCCUUAUCUAAGUUUGCUUGCAGGCUGCAUUCUAGCCUGACCUGUGAAACCACAGGAAGGUUCAUUCAGUCCAAAUGCGCCUUAAAUGUCACAGCUUUCGUGUCCCGGUGUCGCUCCGGCAGAAGCGUCCCAUCUCUCACCAAACCGCUCCCAUGUUUGCCUCUCUGAAUGCAUGUAAGGACACAGGCUUCGUUGGAGAGGUUUGGUCUAUUUUGUACAGAUCUAGUACUAUGUAUUAUUUUUGUUACAUAUUCCCCCGAUGCAUUAUAGCAAAACCAAUAUUUUGUUUGACAUAAAAUGUAAAAAAAAAAAAAAUCUGGCAUUAUAGCUUUGUAGAUUUUUACAUGUCUGUAAAAAUGUUGUUUUUUUAAAGCAUAUCUUUUUAUGUAUGAGGAGAGUGGCUGACACUGUACCAGAGGAACUGUGUGUAUUCCCUGCCCUGUGGAGCAGACAAUGAAAUGUAUUUUUUGGAAGUGGCAGCACUGUUCUGAUUACAGACAUUACAAAGACAAAUGCUGUGUGUGUCACACCUUUAAGGCUUAAUAUUAGUGAUUGUGAAACAUGAUUUAUUUUAGUCUCUGUUGGAUCAUAACGUCAUGAAUGUAUCAUAGAUAGUAGUGGGCUACUCAUUUGGUUUCUGAACCCUCACAUAUACUUUUUGUCUUUUAUAUUCAGGUUUAAUGGCAUUAUCUGUCUGAUGGACUGAACCUGUCAGCAACGCAAAAAAAAAAAAGGAGAAAAGUCUGACUCCAACUUUGGGAAACGACUUUAAGUUCAUGACUAGUACCCUUAACAUGCAUUCUUAACCUAUUAACCUACAGUUGUACAAAUGUUUCCACUUGAUGUCCGCUGUACUUCAAAUCGGCAAGUUGGAAUAUUUGAAGACUUUCAAAAUCGCAAAUAACCUGAGAUAAAUGUGUUGUUGUGAAGCUGUGGUCAUUGGAAAUAUCAUGCUCAUUCAUUGUGUUUACCUCUUGACUGUAAUCACUAUCAGUCAUCAAAAUAAAAACAUAAAACAUUUUAA